UUGGCCUGAUAUCGCUACCACGUCGUGUACAAUUGCUUCAAGUAUUGUAAACAUUUUAAGAGGUAUGCAAAGGUUAUCUAGCUACAAUGACAGAUUUUUAGGAGCUCGACUUAUCAAACGAUUGUCAAAUUUAGCCGAGGAACUAUCAGAACAUUCACAGUAUUGAGGAGUUCUGUCAUGUCAGUGGAUGAAUACUGUAACAGGGCCAAAUUCAUAAAGGGCGUUUAGCUUAAAACAGCGUUUAACUCCCGAAUAGACAUAUUCAGGUCCUUCAUGUAAAUCUUCACAGAAUAUGAAUAGGCUCUGAAACUGAUCAGGGAGAAGUUACACACGUCUAACCCUUAAACCCCCUUUAUGAAUUUGGCCCUUAAAUACAGGUGUGUCGCGUUCGACAGGCUGUCGCAAAAUCACUAGUUUGCGAGAGUGCGGCCGUCUCGGAUCAAUUUAGCCCCUGCGCGAAAAGACGUGUAUAUAUUAGUGGAUUAUAAAAGCUGAAAAUCUUGUAUUCACUGGGUAUUUACUAAUCUCCCACUGCCCAUUGGCCACACAUUGCAAUUUCUACAGUAAAGGAAUCAUUUGGGGCAGCCACGUCCCCCUUCCGAACGUAAAUUGGAAGGUCGUUAAACAUGACUCUAACAAGCGAAUUUAAGAUGGCAGAGUUGGAGUCCUUCCAGCCCCCGGAUAAACAGAUCGAUGUGGAAGCUCGCAGUGAAGACAGCGAAACGUCGGGUGACGAGAACAAGGUGCGAGGGAACUGGGGGAGACAGAUAGACUUCUUAAUGACAAGUGUUGGAUAUUGUGUUGGUCUUGGAAAUAUCUGGAGGUUCCCUUAUCUCUGUAUGAGAAAUGGAGGAGGUGCCUUUCUUGUACCUUACUUUAUCUUCCUUGCUGUUGGAGGAUUGCCUCUCUAUUUCAUGGAAGUGGCCAUAGCACAAUUCUCCAGUCGGAGUGCCUUGAACGUGUGGUAUUUUUGCCCACUAGCUAAAGGUCUCGGUUGGGGCAUGAUUGUCCUUUCUUGGAUCUGUACCGUCUACUAUCAAGUGAUCAUCACAUGGGUCCUCUACUACCUGGGUAACUCGUUUCAAAACCCCCUCCCUUGGGCCACAUGCGACAAUGAGUGGAACACAGAGUUCUGUACCAGCAGAAGUGGCAUGAAUAUGAGCUACCUCAACUUGACUUUUGUGAACGCCAGUGUUGGGCUAAACGCAACUAAUGGUAGUCUAAGUUACGAUGUCACUAAUGUCGCGCUCGUCGAGGGGAACGCGUCCUCCCUCAAUAUAACCCGGAGACUUAUGACACCAAGUGAAGAGUUUUGGCAAUACAACAACUUGGAGAUGACCGAUGGCAUUGAUAACAUCGGCGGACUGCGAUGGCAGCUUGUCCUCUGCCAUCUUGCGGGAUGGCUUGUCAACAUACUUAUUGUUGUUAAAGGAGUCAAGUCGGUUGGCAAGGUUGUAUAUGUGACUGCUACGGUACCAUAUUUGUUCCUCAUCAUCCUGUUAGUAAGAGGCUGCACUCUGCCUGGUGCUGCCACCGGCAUCGUCUACUACCUGAGACCCGAUUUCAACAGACUGUUGGAUUUUAAGGUUUGGGCAGAAGCUUGCAUGCAAAUCUUCUAUUCUCUGGGACCUGCUUGGGGUGGUAUCAUCACCAUGGCAAGUUAUAACAAGUUUCAUCACAACAUGUACAGAGAUGCUGUUAUCGUGCCCCUCAUAAACUGCUUCACCAGCUUUUUUGCUGGUUUUGUAACGUUUUCUGUGGUUGGUUUUAUGGCUGAUGAGGCUGGGCUAACUGUGGAGGAUGUCAUCACGUCAGGACCUGGUCUAGCUUUUAUCGCGUAUCCAGAAGCCCUUGCAAAGCUGCCUUUCGCACCAGCGUGGUCUGUCAUAUUCUUCAUUAUGUUAUACACGAUUGGCCUUGAUUCACAGUUUACAACAUUUGAGACUGUUGUGAGCGGCCUCGUUGAUCAGUUCCCAAAUUACUUGCGCGGCAAGAAAAUUCACGUGCUGAUCGGUUUGGGUGUAGUUAACGUUGCCAUUGGUCUUCUAUUUUGUACCAGGGCUGGGGUGUAUUACUUCCAAAUAUGUGACUGGUAUGCCGGAGCCUUCACGGUCAUGACAAUCGGCUCUUUAGAGUGUAUUGCAGUUGUUUACCUUUACGGUGGGAGGCGCUUCCUGUACGACAUUCAGAUGAUGCUGGGUUCUAGACCUUGCUUCGGAUGGAUUGGGCUACUAGGAGGAGUCACUCCUGUCAGUUUACUGAUCUGCCUCGGAUAUUCCAUGUUCAACUUCGUUGCACCAUAUUAUGGUGAUUACACUUACCCGAUGUGGGCAAUUCUUUUCGGUUGGACUUUGACAGUUAUAUCUCUCCUGCCAGUAUUUGGCUGUGCGAUACACCAGAUCGUGAUAACCAAGGGUACUAUCAUUCAGAAGCUGAAGCAUUCUAUACGACCCGAUGAUUCUUGGGGUCCCGCGCUCGAGCAACAUCAAAAAGAUUACAAAUACAGCAAGUUUUAUCAUCAAGGAUCAAAUGAUACGACAUUAGUGAUGAAGGUGCUGCCAAAUACACCAGCAGAAGAUCCUAGCAACGGGAAACUACUUCAAUGACAUUGAAAGAUCGUAUCGGGUUUGACAGCCGCCAGAACUGGACUUUCUUCGGUGUUAAGUAGUCAUCGCUUUAAUUGCAAGGUGUAGACUGCAGGACUCAUAUUUUAUUUUCAAAUUGAAUGGCCAAUUAGACUUGGAAGUUAUUUUCUAGAGCGCACCCAUUACACAGGUUUUGGUAUUAUUAGUGAAUAGCUACAAAUGAGAGUAUGAGAGUACUGUAAAUGUAGCGUGAUACGUGUAGAUCCAUUUUUGGAUCAGGAACAGAUUUUGGCAGCAUUUUCAUGUCAUUAACUUGUGUAAGAGAUCAUCAUAGGAUCAACUGCGUUGCCGGCAAUUUGCAUGUAGCUCACCUGUUCAUUGCACAUAUUUCAAAAGAUAUAUUACCAUUUGUA